GCAAGCAUGGGGGACAUGGGGGACAGGGGGGCGGCUUCGUCCCAUAUUUCCUCUCGUCGUUACCUUGAGGGCUCAGCCAACACACCGAUGUGGCUUUUCCUCUCGCGCCGGCUGAAAGCGGUGGAAGUAUUUUUGGCUGUCACCACGGGGUGCUUGAGCCAGGUGGUGCUUGCUUCCUGCUCGGUCCAUGUUCAUUUCCACACCCCAUCGAAGGUGACGAGGAACGACGAGGCAGUGAUUGUCGGCAACACGAACCCUACCUCGACACCUCGACACAAGAACCAAACAAAGGUCGUCUCGUCUCGUCUUCCCGAUGGCCCCCACGGGGAGGAAGGCAGAGAUGCGAGGGAGACAAGGAGACGCUGGACUAGAAACCGGGAAGCGGAGGAGGGAGGGGUCGGGAAGAUUCAGGGGGGGCCAGAGUGUCGACCUAGUUCGCGCGGCAGGCAUCGUGGAGAUUGCACAUCUUUCCGGUUGCUAGGAGAUAUGAGGGACGAAGCGAGGCGGGAGGAAUUCUCUUCCGCUAGCGGCCAACAUCGGUUACCCUACCUUGCCUAUCUACCUACCUACCUACCUGGGUAUCAGGUACCUACCCGCUACUUGCACCUAUGACGAUGGACGAGACGACCGAGAGCAGUAACGCCACGUCGUCCGAAAAGCCUUGCCUGCCCGGUUUCUUGCUUUUCUUUUUUAUUCUCCUCUUCCCGGGGGCCCACCGUCUCUCGCCGAU